AGGUCGCAGGAAAACGUGCGCUUUUCGUAUUCACUUAUUUUGAAGUGCCAUGCUAGAGAUCGUUCGUAAUCGUAAGUCUAUUUUUAAGUUGAUAGCAGAUGAUAGAAGUGUUGAUAAGAUAAGGAGAGUGCGCUCAGUAUAAUAAUUAAUGUAUGCAGCUCGUAGUUGCUCGUAUGAUUUGAUGGAGUGAGACUGAGAGUACAGAAAGUAGAACCUAUUGAGAGGUGAAUAAUGGCGAGUGACGUAUACAGCCCAAAAACGGUAUAAAUGGAACCCAACACGAAAGAGGCAUCCAAAAAUAGAUGGUGUGAAAAUCUUGGUUUAAUGUGAUGAAUGAUGAAGAACUACCUACUUAGUGACUAAAUUUGAAAUAUCAGAGAUUAUCUGACUCUCAUCUUCAUCUAUAUUUUUUCAUACUCACUUCUUAAUCAAUCUUAUCUUUUUUCAAGUGUUGAAGCAAGUUGUUGAAGUUUAUCUUAAAUUUGAAGUAAGUUACUCAUUCUCUGCUCAGCUUGUUAGCCAUCACCUUAACUUGUUUGGUAGCUUCUUAUAGAAAUCAUGUUCAUGUCCUCUUUGCAGAUGAAGACACUAAGCGGCGCUCCAUCCCCAUGUGACCACGACGACAGUCGACCGGCCUUUUGCGCUCAAGUCUCCACGGUCGUGGUGUAAGUAGGGCACUCGUCGUCGUCCUCUCCGGAACACUUACGCAUACGAAUACCAUCAUGGAACUGAUGAGACCACCUUGUCGUGUUGAACAUUUUUGACUUUUUUUGUUUAGCAAUCUCCACCAACGUCCUCGCAUCGAAGUUGAAGCUGAAGAAGGGGGCGUAGUUCGUUUUACUAGGACUGUUGUCGACUUCCCGCUCCGACCCUUGCCAAAGACGGAAUAGCAGGCACGACAGACAGAGGUAGUCGUGAGGAUAUCUGAUAUCUUCACCCCCUAGUAGAGCUACUAGGAAAGCAUGCCAGAAGACUCGGGAUCUGAGCAGCACAGCAGAGCAGCUGGGAGUGCUAGGUCGAGUCCUGCAGACGUGGCAGCUAGCCCAAUAAAGGAUGCAGAACUUUAUGAAGACUUUAUGUACUUACUGUGAGCGUUCCUCCAUCUUGUAGUAAGUCACUGCAAGGCCUCGUUUUGAUUACACUGAGUUUUCCUCAAUCAAUCUCCAUUUCCAUUUAAUACUCUUGAACACGAUCAAUCGUGUUUUCUUGCCUACAUAAGUCAGCCAUUGUUCUCUUCUAACACUUGCUUCAUCCUGUUGCGGAAGAUAAACCAUUUUAUCCACCUGCAGCACAUCAAGGAGAUUCGUCUCAGAAAGGCGCGACUAGUUCGACUACUGCUCAACCACAUGCGACAGAACCGAGCAGUCGAAUAAGCGUUACUGUACUAACAUCUGACUUCAUCUUGUUGUUCUAUAAUAUCUUGAAGUAGAAACAUGAUCAUUAGAAAAAUGGUAAAGUACUGCACCUCCAGCAGCUUCUAGUAGGUACUGCAUUGAUCCCACGCCUGUAGCUGCAUAAUAAAUAUAUUAUCUUCAACGCCGAAUCCUUUCAUCGCGUUCUUCCUGGUUGAAAAUCAUGACUUCUUCAUGAAAAUCUGCACUGAAACCUACUACAGCUGGUUCGCGAUGCAGAUGGGAAAAGUCGUCUAGUAUGCGAGAAUGGACCACUUCUCUCCGAAGAAGACCGCCAACUCCUGGACACUGCUCUUAGAAUAGCUUCGGAUCAAGGAUUUGGGUACUACAAAAUCAAGUUUCAGACUACAGAAAUAAGAUGAAGACUGGUCAUUACACUCUCACUUGUAAUCCCACAUUUUGAAGAGAGGCUGAAUGAUUAGAAGCGAUACAGCACCUCCCGAGAAGUACUUACAACCAAUACCGACCAAACGUUAUUAACAUGAUCUUUCACCUAAAAAUCGACUUUCCAGUUCAACUUCAAGUGCGCAGCAGCACCAAGGAGCUUCUGCGUCUGCUACCUCUGGCGCCUCUGGCGCUCCCUCUACGACUACGUCUACCUCAGGAAGCAAUAAAGCUCGCUUAGUGAAUCGACGUUUAGAAAGUUCCCGUGGGGAUCCUGCGUCCUCGUCUACAACGUCGACUGCGAUCUACAGCCUUCUACAGUCGGGCAGAGGAGCUGAAGACUCUGGUCCCAGCAACUCCUCAGCCUCCAGCCGCACGUCCGCGCGCACUCCACCCACGACAAGGACGAGAGAAAGCAGUGGCCCAGGUUCUGAGAGUAAGGUCACCACGUCAAGCAAGCCUUCGUAUAGUGCAGUAGCGGGAGCUAACCUACCACGUGGUCCUUCAUUUAGCUCCUCCAAAGUAGUAGCAGCUCCUGUGUCAUCCUCCAGUACAACAAGUACAACAACUGACAACACAACCAGUACGACCACAGCUUCGUCAAGUUGUAGUACGAGUAGUAAGAGAGCAGAGUCGACUACGUCGUCGUCACAGGUGGCCGUGAUGCGGGGUGGAGCAAAGAUACAGCUGCAGGGAUCCAGCCAGGCCGUAUCAAACUCCAGUGGAGGAGGUUUCCAUCUAUCCGACUUCAGCACGAAGGAACUGGUUUCGUUCUCCUCUUCAUCAUCGUCUUCACCGUCAAAAGUCAGCGAAAUCGCGUUGCCGGAGAAAAUGAGUUUGCGUAUCGCAGCACCUAAAUCGCGGACGCCAGCGUCAUCAAGUACGACACCAAUUGAAGAUCCAGUCACACCAACUACUUCUGUCGUAGCUGAGCAGGUGGGUGAUUUAUCGAAGAACAAGAACAACGAUGAUCGCGAUUCUAGUAGUAGAAAAGUGGUAGAAGUGGAUGACGAGGAUGAUGGCUGGACGACAGUAGGACCGCAGAAUGGAAACCAUCGGAAAAGAGCGUCGGGAGGACGAGGAGGACAGAUGAACAAAAAUAACAGCGAUGCACUCGCAGCACCAGCACCCAACGAGAACGAAAGGUUAGUACCUCCUCAAGCUCAACCAACUGGUACUACUACAGCCGGCGAAGGAGCACCAAAUAAAGUUCCUCUGUCCAAGAGAGCAGCAAAACGGAUGAAAGAGAAGUCACAAGUUGUAGAAGGUGGAGAACAAGCUGUCGGGAGUGGUGGAAAGUCACAAGUUGUAGAAGGUGGAGAGCAAGCUGUCGGAAGUGGUGGUGCAAAGCCAGGAUCUGGAGCUUCAUCUGGUACAGCUAAAGGUACAGCAGUCCCAGCCGAAUUUGAGCAGGAGCCGCAGUUAACGUCGAUGAGUAAAACGAUUAGCUCAUCCAGUUCUGCUACUUCUGCGUGGGAAACUGCUUCUUCUGGGGACCCUGGUGCCGAAGACGAGAUGAUGAAUGUGGGACAAGUACUAGGUAAAAAUGGCAAGGACACGAUCAAGGACCAGAACCAGUCUUCUAGAAAGAACAAAAGAGGGAAGAAGAAGCUUGCGAAUAAGAUGCACUCUAGUAGUGCUCAGGGAGAAGAUGAUGGUCGGCCUGCUCUACCUCAGGAUGGAGUCACGCGCGCUUCGGGAAGUAGUCCUUUUGCAGCAGCUUCGAGUUCUUCGAAUAUUUUACCUGCUGGAGGUGGUGCGUCGAAGAUGCCGAGAACGAAAUCCAGUGCCGCUAGCGUGGACGAACUAGUGACGCACAUUAUGAAGCAUGCGGCCGCUUCAACAGGGGCAACUGGAACUGCGUCAUCAUCGUCAAGUAGAGUAAUACCACCGCCACCUCGACCUCCUACAAUUGAUCAUAAAAAUGGACCUUCUAGUACUAGAACAGGACCGGGACCAGGAGAGAGUCAGCAGCAGUACAAGCAGACUGCGUCGACGUCUGCGACCUCGUCUGCGUCCUCUUCUACUAGUGAACAAGAGCAACAUGGAAGAGCAGCAGGAGGGGAGCGACAGAACGUAGUACACCGAAAAAUGCUGGAGAGAGGUUUUGGUCCAGGGAUGAUGCUACCGUUCGCGGAAAAGGAGACACCUGGAAAUGAACCACCUGUAGGAUCAAACCCAACAGUCGGUAGCGGUCUUGCCACAUCUAGCAGUGCUCUUUUUCAUCAGCCUAGUAACGCACAACAAAGCCAUAAUAUCAACCCGAACAUCAAUAGCAGUGCGUCGAUGAAGAACAAUGGAAACAAAUGGUCUGCGUCGGGAGGUGGUGGUGGUGCGUCAUCUAAGAACAAGGGGAAUAAACACAGCAACAAAAACAAGUCCAAUCCCCAGAAUAGCGGUGGAACCGUGGAAGAGUCAAUUGGCCUGCUUCUCGAGGGCGACAUUAAACGACUUCUGCAAGCGAGAGCGCAAGAUUAAGGCACAUCUAGAUGAUGAAAUAUCUAUCAUGAAUUCCAGUAUCAUGAAAAUCCCUGAAGUACAAUCCAUCAACUCAUAUUCAUACGCUCGCUUAUACAAACACUAUGAUGUUGGAUACCUCUAACAACUAAGACGGAGCGAGGGGUCGCUGUUCGAUUUCGACAACGAUGCCGCAUCUUCUAGUCGGGGUGCACAUAGUCGGAGUCCCGCAGGAGAUUACCCUUUCGCUCCUAGACAGCGCCGACGAGCGGGUCCGUCAGCUGGGAGUGCGAGCAACAGUAGUGUCGUGGCAGUCGGGGGACCGGGUCCUCUCAGACCCAGUAGAGAAGGCGACAUAAGCUUCCAUAGCGGAAGACAUGUCGGAACGAGUGCUCCUGCAUUUAGCCAACUCGAAGGAAGCCCACAUGUUGGUACUUUUCUGCUCCGAUUGAAGAUCUUUUGUUUCUUCUACAACUAGAUACAGAGUUUUCUGGGACAACUAGUACAGUCAUAGCUUUCUCAACUUCGAUUUGCAGUCGACAACCCUAAAUUUUACAGAACCAAUGAUCCCUCGUGGAACCAUAUCUGGCGCUACCCGAGCGACGCACGAGGACCAGUCUAUUUCGGUACUGGGCGAGUCUCCAGUGAUCUCACAGCAAAUUAAGAAACAACUCCAGAAUUGUUCGAAGUCCUCUUCUUCGAUGAAGCAUCAACGCGACGCCGACACAGACAGUGGCCAGCAUGAACUUGUAGAUGGAAUUGACGGAAGAUGGCCUCAGUCAGAAGGGUCGGCAACAAAAGUGGCUGAUGCUUGUGGUAGUGUGUAUCCUCCAGUGCAAAAGAGGAUGCUGGCGCAAAUCCUGGCAAAAGCGAUGGCGCCUAAGCUGGUGCAACAGAGGUAAUUAUAUCUAUAUCAACUUUGUUGUAGUUUCAGAACAAGACGACCCAACUACAUUUCGACUUUAUUCGGAUAUUCGGAGCUGUUAGUUGGGGAAAAAAAUCUUCUUGAUGUUACUUGUUCAUUGUGCAAGAGCACCAUCAAAUUCAACUUCAUCAGGCCUCCGCAAAUACCCGACCACGAACGCAACAUGCAGAGACCGCCUGUGAGUCGCAGCUCAAAUCCAGCUUUGCCAUCGAGACGCGGAGACACCGCUUCUGAUGUUCUGGUAUACUUUUACUGACAGGACUGCUACCUUGUUGUCCAAAAUCUGGUUUCUAACGUAGCUCUUCAAGUGAUGCACUAUUAUUAUUUUCCUUUCGAGAUUCUUGACGUGAUCACCACUAAAAACUAAUGGUUGUUCCUUUUUCAGUUUAUCUUGAUCAACAAACGACAUCAGUUUAAGUUCACCUUUUCUCCCAGAUUUGCCGAAUGGAUGAGCAGGGACAAAUGAAGGUGAUGGAGCCGCCCGUAGCGGGCAAAGUCAUGUCUUUGGACGACUUAAGGCGAAGAAACGAUGCGAAAUCACUGUGGGACGACAUUUCACAGGUAACUUAUACUAUACAGUACCUGAGAAGUAUAUUUUCAUCUUUAUUCUCAUACUCAUCUUCAUUCACAACACGACUUUUUAAUGGCAGUAGCAGAUUGUCGCUUGAUUUUUCUUCACCCUGAUCAUUUCGUUUGUGAAGAAAAUGUCAAACAACCCACACUGCUCAACAGGCGAUCUUGAGACACAAGAGAGGCGGUACGAGUAGCCAAGGUAGCAUGCCGAGAAUUCAAAGUUCAGAAAGUGCCUCCGUAGCAGAGAUGCUACGGAUGACAACGCGAACGCCAAUGGGAUCAGAUUCGAAUAUCCGAGUCUCAGACGGACUUUCACGGACGUCGUCAUUGUUAGGUAGUUUGUUUUUUCUGGAAAGACAGUUGGCACCUCAUUUAGAAGUAUCGCCCUCACAACUUCAACAUCAGAGAAAUUCGUAGAACUCAAAGAAGAUUCAGGGAAGUCGUAGGUCCAAUCCGAACCGACUAACAUCAUCAUGGCGAAUCUAAAUCUGUCCAAGGACAAGGAUCAUUAGGCGCAGCAAGUAUAAUUUGACUUGGAGUGAUUUUUCUUCUCCUGAUUUCUACUCCUGUUUGAAAAAAUACAACAAACUCGUCCAAACUAGGUUCAACAACAACGUCCGUUGCUGAAAGGCGAUCCACACCUGGUUCCAGGAACAAGCGAAAGCCGCCGCAUGUAGUCGUGUACCGAAAGGACGGCCGUGAUAUCAUAGUCUGUCUACCCAGGGACCAGGGGAAAGACGGCGUAGGAGGUGACAAGAAGAACAAGAGACUAGGUGCUGGAGGUCCACUAUCAACAUCGGCAGUGUCGUCUCAGCGUGGCGUCGUCCAGGUCUUGCAGAGACCGCAUGCAGCUUCUAAAGGAUCAUGCGCGAACAACUUCCAUCAAACGAGUUGUAGUGCAACUACCCCAGCAGGUGCAACAUCAUCUAGUGUUUUUACGGGGACAAAUACGAACAAUAAGUCAAGUGAUGGCUUGAUUCCACCUUCUCAAAGUUGUCGCAGCAAUAACAACAAUGGCAACAAAGUAGGAGGCGCAGGACAGAGCAAGCGAGGCGGUGGUGGCAAUAGAGGGAAAAAAGGCAGAGGAUCGAAUAAAGGGUAUUUUUAGUAGAAGCUACGUAGAUGCUUGCCUGUUCAACUUCAACGUGCUCAACAAGACAAGAUCAUGGGUUUUUGGCACAACUUUCUCUACAUACAUCUCAGUUUAUUUCUUAGACGAUCAAUCAUCUCGAUCUCAAUAAAUCUAAAUCAUCUAUUUGAAAAAUUUCGUUUAUUUCAUUUUCAACUCCAAAUUCAAUUCCAAGGUCAUGCAACGCAGAGGACGCACGAAAGAAAAGGGGCUCAAACCCCCACGAAGUGCCUCCUCCACCGCCACCAGUAUUGCCUUCAAAUUAUUCGCCAGCUUCGAAUCAUGCGGCAGCAGCUUCUUACUACCCUCCACCACCCUACCAUGAAGAUCCUAACAUAGCAGCAGCGGGAGGACCGAAUUACGUUUACAUGCCGGUAAUAGAACAAGAAUUUGAAAUCGAUAAUUCUAUUUUGCUGGCCUUGUAGUUGAUCUUGAUCUUGAUAUAUUUAUGCACAAGCACAUCCACGCAAAAAUUCAGAUGAUGCCAGGACAGAUGAUGGUUCCCAUGUAUCCGCAGGGUGGUGGCUACCCAUCCUUUGCUCCGGCUCCGGCUGGUUACUAUCCGGUGGCCCCGCACCAGGCAGCAGCACUGCAGGCACCUCCAGGAGUAGUUUUCAGCGGAAAUCCAGGUCAGCCUGUUCAAGUGCAUAUAAGCACGCCUUUGAGCAGUUAUCAAGUGCCACGCUCAACGGGAACGCCAGAUGCCCUAAUGCUCAAGACCGCAACGUCCUCUGCAACGGUACUAUAUACUACCAGGUUUUUUGGAGAUGUGUGAAGUAUGAUUAUUAUGUUGUCGAAUAAAGAGAAAAAAGUAUUGCUUCAUCAGCAUCAUUGAUUUUCGUUGAAUUUCAAUUUGUUCAUUUCCUAUAAUUCGUUCAGGACCAGCAGGGCGGUUUGAUAGGUGAUCAGCGACGUGCGAACGAGCAAGGAGCUGAAGCCGGUUCAGUAGUUUCGCACUUGACUAUCUCUGGCGCAUCGAAUUACACGCCGCAGCUGACAAACCCACUUGACGAGCUACUUCCUCCGCCAGAGCACGGUUGUAACGUCAAGAACACUAAUCUCAAUGGUGGAGAGCAAUCUCAAUGUGACUUGGAAGAGAAAGAUAGUGUUAUGGUCAACAUUUAG